UACGGCGGGGUCCCAGUAGAAGCAGGGGAGAUCCCGACCAGAGCCUAGGAGUCGGUAUACAAGCAUCUAGAUUCCCGGGAGGAACACGACGGUUCCGGGGCUGAGAUUAGCCAUUCUGACUACCCAUCUCCUCUCAUCCACGAAACAGCGUGAUCCCCGGAGUCUGCCUGUCUCUGAGGACACCCAGCAGAAGGAGACGCGAUUUUGCAGGGGGAGAGAGAGCAACCCCGGAAUCUCCCUCUCUUCUCAACCUAAAACCUCUUCUUUCCCCCGCCCCCAUUCCCCACAGCAACGCUUGCCCGCAAUCUCUUCUCUCCUCCAGAUCCCUUACUCUCAAGACCUGCUCUCUCGGAAGCCUGUGAAGAGUCUGAGAAUCGCGCAACAAAGAAGAGUCAGGAAUUACUAACCGGGAAACCUGAUCAUUGCUGCUGCAGUGACUAGGAGAUAGCACGACCAUCUCUGCCCUCCUUCCCGCCCCCAGCUAAGCAACGCUCCCUCCAACCCCCUUUUUACUCUUCGCCCCCAUCAUUCCUGCCCAUGCUGCUCAGUGAUUGAUCAAUCUCUGAGUGCCCCCAAAGGGAAGGAGACUCCUUGCUUGCAGUACAGCAGCCCCCUCUAUCUCUCCCCUCAGAAGGGGGAAAGAAAUAGAAGGGAGGAGAGAAGAGGGAUAAUCAUAUGACCGUGGUAAUAAAUAACCCGAAGGAGAGCCAGUCCUGCUAGCUCAGAUGCUGCAAUGCUGCCAGCUCUGAGUAUGGGGAGAGAGAGUCUCUGAGAGAGCCAUCACAACCGACCCCCAUCUCUUGCGCAGCCCCAGAAGCCCCAGUUCCAGUCUUCUUCCCCGGAAUAUCCGAGCCCUGCAGCACAAGCUGCUUUCCUGUCUGGCCGAGAGCAGAGAAAAAAGAAGCAAGUUGUCCCGUAGCAGUGGUGGCGCCGGCGGCGGCGGCGGCCAAGGCAGUCAGACGUCCAGCUUCUCACCGCCUUCCAGUCCUUCAGCCCCGCGUCCCCGCCCCUGCGCGCAGCGCUUCGUGUGCGCCUCCCUUCGCCUCAUCUUCUCCUGCUCCACUGGGUUAGCGCGGAGUCCGCGGCUGGGGCUGCACGUUCCAGGUAGUCAGCAGGGGAAGAAGUCAAGUCAGCCGCCACGGUCUAGGAAAGAGUGGUUAUUUUUCUCCUGGAUCGCCCGAGCCCCAGAAGAAGAUUAAAAUGGCUACUCUGCUUCGGAAAAUCGGACUCAUCCGGCUGCACAAUCGGGACACUGAGGACCCCAAACAUCACCACAACCAUCUCCACAGCAGCAGCCAGCACGGCCGCGGCAGCGGCGGCGGCUCCUCUCUGAGGGGCAAAGGCAACCAGAAGAACCACAGUAACAAGCAGCAGCAGCAGCAGCAGCAGCAGAAUGCUCCGGGAGGAGGGGGCGGCUGCAGCGGCGGCGGUAUCAAUGAAGGCAGCCCUGGGCACUCUAAGAACAAGCGAGCGCUAGAGCUGGCCAACAAGGACAAGCAGCAGCAGCAGCAGCAACAGUCCAGCUCCGGGAGCCACAAGGAGAAGCAGGCGAGCUCCAGGGAGAACCAGUCCACUAAGGAAUCCAAGCAGCCGGGUGGGGGCAGCGGCCGCAGCAGCGGAGGCGGGAAGGGUUCUUCUCAGGUGGCCCAGACCCCAGCAGCCAGCAGCCUGGCGCCAAUGGGGCGAGGGCAGCCCGGUACCCAGGUGAGGAGCCGGCGAUUGAUGAAGGAGCUGCAGGACAUCUCCCGGCUGAGCGACCGCUUCAUCUCAGUCGAGCUGGUAGACGAGAGUCUCUACGACUGGAAUGUGAAGCUGCACCAGGUGGAUAAGGACUCGGUGUUGUGGCAGGACAUGAAAGAAACCAACACCGAAUUCAUCCUGCUCAACCUCACCUUCCCCGACAACUUCCCCUUCUCGCCGCCCUUCAUGAGAGUGCUCAGCCCCCGGCUGGAAAACGGCUAUGUGCUGGACGGGGGAGCCAUCUGCAUGGAGUUGCUCACCCCUCGGGGUUGGUCCAGCGCCUACACAGUCGAGGCUGUCAUGAGGCAGUUCGCUGCCAGCCUGGUGAAGGGCCAGGGCCGAAUCUGUAGAAAAGCUGGCAAAUCAAAAAAAUCCUUCAGUCGCAAGGAAGCGGAAGCAACGUUUAAGAGUUUGGUGAAGACUCACGAAAAGUAUGGUUGGGUCACCCCUCCGGUCUCUGAUGGCUGAUAUUUGAAACACUUGCAUUAGACGCUUACAAAACAAAACAAAACAAAACACACAAAUACUAUGACAUCUCCUCCUCAGUGCUGUACAUCCACUCAUCCUUUUCUACGUCAGCUUCUGUUAGUACUAUACCAUGAAUGUCAAAGAGACAUUUAAGUUAUUUAUGGACAGAUUGUUUACAGAAAGAGAAAGAGGGAGGGAGAGAGUUGGGUAGAAAAAAAUACUGUUUUAAGAUUGUUUCAAAAAUAAAUGGUCAUCUUGAAGUCACUUUAGAGUGAAUGUUGAGAUACUAUCAUUUCCUUUCAUUCACCUCCCCCCCAUAUAGUUCACAUUGUUUUCACCUUCUUGCCAUGACAGCUGCACCAAAGAGCAGAUAUGGAAAAUCUGUCCAUUUCUGCUCAGUCCAUUUCAAUGUAAAUGAAGCUGUUCAUCUUUAAUAGGGAAGCAGUGCAUUGCAGAUACUUGUUUGCUGUGCUGUUUAUCUUUAUUUUAUUUUCUAGCAAAUCAACAUAACUUGAAGAUUUGUCUUUAUGUGGAGCUAUGAUCUGCUGUGACUAAAUUUAGACCUCAUUUGUGAUCUCUUUGACCUUUUGCCUCAUAAAAAAAAAUUCUGACAUUGCCAGUCCUCAUGGGACAAGAUCAUCUCACUUGGUCAAAAUAUGCUCUUUAUGCUGAUUUUGUGGUAUUCUAUUGUUCACAAACAAACUGAGAAAAGACUGGUAAGGUUUCCAAUAAACAGGGCAACCCAUACUCUAGAAUGGGAUUCAAAGUAAUUAAUUGAUGGUAGAAUCAAAAUAGCUUUUUUUUUCUUUUACUGAUGUAAUGCAGUAUUGCUAUGAUAGCACAUUUGUUUGUUUGCCUGUCAGCUUUCAACUGGCAAACCAUACACAAAAAAGUAUGUCGAUUUAUGUUCACAAACGUUAAUGACAUUUUAAAAUAUGUGCCAGUGGAUGUGAAAGUCAGAGCUUCAAAAAAGUAAAAUAAGUGAACUGUAAGAUGAUUUGCAUGGCUGGAUUUUUUUUUUAACCAAAUAGUCAUUGUAUGUACUUUGAUCCCAAUAUGUGAGAGAACCCAUUGCUGUAUAUAAAUGUCCUGUUAUUUAAUCUUUGGGGUUUCAUUUUUCUCUUCUGUUAAAUUACUUAGAACUUUCUUUAAAAAAAAAUUCCAAGAAAGCAAGAAAUAAGUUUAUAUUGACCUGUGAAAAAAAGGUUAAAAUGGUGAUUCCAAAUGGAAAAUAUUAUUGAACAGAUUUUAAAUAAAAUCACCCAUACCCUGUUAUACUGUUUCAAGAAUUCAGUCAUUUGGGGAUACUCUUCCGCUUAAAAUAUUUACCCUAUUGGAUUCCUAAUACCAGAAAAAGUGAUUGAUUAUAAAAGAAAUCCUGUCAAAAACAUUGCUAUAACGACCCCAGCUUGGUCAUUUAUGCCAGUGCUUUUGAUCAAAUUCUCUAAACAAUUACCCGUUGUAUUUUUUCAUGGGUUGGAAGGUUGGGGGAAGGGAAACCUUUUUAGUAAUUAUUUAUGAUGCUUCAGGCAUUUUUGGCUGCUGAGAAGCUCAUUUAUUUGGUCUAAGAAUUUUAAAGUUCAUAGAGAUAGUGCUACAAAGAACAGAUGGUUAUGAGCUACCCAGUGUGGCUUGGUGACUAACAAAUUCAGUCUUUGCUUUCAGGUGGUCACAUGUUUUCUACUGCUGUUUUUGCUUUUUAAAAGCUCAAAUUUUUCUCAAAAAAAAAAAUCCACCCUCUUCUUUCAUCAAGCCAAAAGUAAAUAUCUUGAGUGUUGUUCAAAAUCUUAACUAAUCUAUUUCCAAUAAGGAAAGAGGAAAUUUGCCUUGUUUAGUUUUCUGCUCAAAAGUACUUGCUUCUCAUAAGAUCAUUAUGAAAAUAUAUUGUAAUGAACUUAAAGGGAAUCACAUUUGAUCCUCUGCAGUGGAAUUCUCUGUUCAAAAAGUACAAUUUAGGGGAUGACAUUUGAAUUGUUAGGUAAUGAAGACAAUUUCAUUAUGGAAUUGCUUUAUAUUAGAUUUUUAUUUUAAAGAAUCUACAAGAUACAAAUAAGUUUGGCAAUUAAUUUUUUAAAAAUAUGGAUCUAUGGUUUUAUCAGUAUAAAGAGUUCCUAAAGAGUAAACUCUCUCUAUAAAUCCUGAUCAAUGACUGUUUUGUAAACUAUAGUUUUAGAAAGUUGCCUGGAGUCCUAAAAAGUUAAGUGACUCAGCCAAGAUCACAUAGCCAAUAUGUAUGAGUCAGGACUUGAACCCAGAUCUUUUUGACUUAGAGGUCUACAUUCUGUCCACUGUAUCACACUUCCUCUCUUACUUAGGAAUUAUCUCCUACAAAACAAUGAUAAACUUUUUUUUGUUCUUUCCCCUUUGUUUCCCCAGUGUUGCAAAUUUUUAAGAUAAAAGGCAACCAUUCUUUCUGAAAGCUGUGACCUAAUGCAAGAUUCCAAGGCUUUAUUCAAGAAAACAAAUUCGAACAUAAUAAUUCCAUGAUACUUGUUAGUUACUUUGCUUUAAAUAAUAUUAUAAGCUCUUUUAAAUUGAUUGAGAUACAAAACUUUCUACUGAGUUUUGUACAAAUGAUGAAAUAAUGAGGUGUAACCCCAAAGUUUGAUCCAUUGCUUAUCUAAUGAUUAUGUACAUUAAAGAGGAAAUAGGCUUGAUUUCCAACUUCUUCUUGAACCUCUAUAUUUAUCUUCUAGAUAUUAUUUUCAUUAUGAAUUAUUUUAAUAGACUCCCAUUGCAUGGUUGCAUGAUCUUCCACAGAGAAGUAUGGAAAAAUGGUUUUGUGUUGAUAUCCAUGUUCAAAGAAUACAUACUCUCCAUUAUGGAGUGGGCAAGAAGCAGGGUAAUGAUGUACUCCCUGGGAAGCAGCAUGGUAUAAUGGAAAUAACAUUGGAUUUAAAGUCAGAAGCCCUGGUUUCAACUCUCAUCUCUGCCACUGAUGACCUCUGUAACUUCAAAAAAAAUUUAUUUCACCUCUCUGGGCCUCAGUUUCUCAUCUAUAAAAUGAAAGAGUUGGACUAGAUGGCUUCUAACAAUUCUUCUGGCUCUAAAUUUAUCCUUUAUGGCUAGUACUUUAAGAAAAAAUACUGCCACCAUUUCUAGAAAAUGAUCCUGUGGCAUCCUAUUAUAAUGCUGAUAAUAGAGGACAGUAACAGCUUCUGCUUUCUAGAUGAGAAAUAACUAUGGAAUAUUGAGUUUUUGCCAAAUGUUGUUCUCUUAGAAUGUAGUAGCUGGAAAGUAUUUAAAGAUCAUCUAGUCUAAUGCCUCUAUUUUUACAAAUGAAUAAAGUGAGACCCAGAUAGGAGAAAUGAUUUGCCAAUGGCCAUAGAGUGUCAGAAUUGGGACUAUUAGAUCAUUCUGCUUCUCAUAUUAUGUUAAGCCUGAUCCAAAUUCUUACCAGAAUAGAACUUAUAAUGAGAUCCUGCCAUUUUUUUACCCAUACAAAAACAAAAUUUAUGAGUGAAAGGACCCGAUAAUUGUAAUGAAAAUAUAGACCAAGUUUAUUAGGCAUUUUAAACCUGAAUCAUAAUAAAGAACUUAUUUCUUGGAAUCAAUUGAAAGGCAGUGUUCUUCAAAGUUUGAUGAGUUAUUCAAAGUGAGCAACCUCUUGUUGAAAGUGAAUUAGAAAAGACAAGAAAUAUGAGAUGAUAUGUCCCACUCAGUAUGUAAUAGAGUUAGACAGUUAGUGUUCUGAGUAGCUGAUCUUAAACAGAAAUUUAUAUUUUAGUUUUGUUUUAUUUCCUCAGUGAAAUAUUAUAACAAUUUAGCCCAGUAGUUGGAUGGGAGAUAGCCCUUGAACUUUACAAAUCAUCAUUUGGUUAAAAGGAAAAUGCUACUGAUUUUAUUCUGUAAUACUUCACAAACUAUCUAAGUAGUAGAGACUGGAUAAUGGCAAUACUAAAGAAAGCAGCAAAUGGCAACUAAGUUCAGGACAAUUCUUUUAGCUGAUGUUCUAUAAAGCAAGAAGAGCAAAGUCUGAAUAUAAAUGUUUUUGAAUAAGAAGUAAAACCCAAAAAAUAAAUAGAUUGUUUUUCUUUGCAGCUCAUAAUAUAAAAUAUAAUACAAAAAUCAUGAAUUGAACUGUUGGCGCUCAGAUACUCAAACCUUCAUUUGGGGUCAACAUAACAGCAUAUGCUUAAAGAAUAAACAGACAUUAUUUCCCAUAGCUAAAUGGGUUUUUAAAUCUUACCUAACUUUGGGCAUUGCAGAACAUUUUUUCAUUCCUUCACUUAACAAAUAAUUAAGUCAAUGGCAUAUUGUUCCAUUUAUAACCUAAGGAAGAAACAAACUGAAGAAUAAAACUAGUUUGUGAAAGCACUGGGACCAUCACCUCAUUCUCAUUUCAAAUGUGAAUAAAAGUGGACUGAUCUAUAUUGAGUUUACAUGCAGAAAAAUCUCUAGUCCAAGAAUUCAUAAGGUUUUUAGAGUAACUAGAUGUAAGUCACUCUGAGUUUAAUAGAAAAUUGCCUCCACUUUGAACAGUUCUUGAAGAGAUUAUAGUUUGUACACAUAGACAUGUAACUAAGAAAUAAAGUUUUCCUACAUUGUCUUCUUCAGAAAAACAAUGUAAAAAGAAGUGAGCAGUUGCUUAAAGCUAUACUUGUGAUUUAAAGACUGACAAUACAAUGAUUGUGGCUUUUGUAAAUAAGUCACUAGCUACUUGUGUUAUGCUUUGAAAUUUACAGCAUGAGUACAAUAUUACUGUACUUUGAAUUUUAGUCAUGUUUCUAAGCAUUUGAGUAUGUAAUGUCAAUUUACAACUUAAAAUUGUGUUUUCUUCUGAGGCACUUAUGUAUGAGUUCAAAUGUCAUAUUUUGUGGACACACCAACACUCUUCAUCUCUAAAUCUUGGGCAAAUCAUUAGUGAUACCAUUAACUAAGUUAAAAUAGAAAUGAUAAUAUAACUUGAAUGUGCUUGUCUUAUUUCUGCUUGCCUUGCCUUUUGAUGAUUUUACAAAUGUUACCAUAAUUACAGUAGUAGAAUGCUGAAAUACAUUAGUGGGGUUACUGUGAAGAUUGGGAAUCUCAACUAUUAUUUCCAUUGGUACCUUUGGAGUAUGCUGUUUUCCAAGUUAUUAAUCUUAAUCCUCAUUAGAGGAGAAAAAAGAAUAUGGAAUUAAAUAGGAAAUUUAGGGGAAAAAACAAUGGCAAGUAUACAGAAAGAGUAUGCAUGUGCAAAUAGGAGUGUAUGUGUAAGAAAGACAGACAGCAAAAGGUCAGUUUCCUAACAUGAAAAAUAGUAAUUUGGGAAAGUAUUUAAGUUAUUAAAUAUCAAUCCAGUAAAUGACUUUAUGCUGAAUAUUUGUUACAUACUUGCAUGGUUUAAAUUCAGUUGUUUUUGCUUGUUUUCCUGACAUUCAUUAUCUUUUGUGAUCCAUUGUUGCUGUGUUUUUUGUCAUGUGAUAUUCUAUGAUCUUUUGUGCUUUAAUUUAUUUGUGGUUUGCCAAAUGGAGGCUUUGAAGCAUGUCACGGGUAUUCUCUAUAAAAAUCAAUGAAAUGUAACUGAACCAAA